UUGAGGCAGAUGUAGGUGCAGAACCAGGUCUGGGUUGUUCUCAGUGCAUGUGUGCACAGUGAACCUGGAUGACCCCAAGACACAGCAGGACCAGGAUGAGCUGAGGUGCUGCUUUCACCUCCACUGUGCUCAGACCGUGGUGACACCCAUAGGAUUAUCCAUCCUACAGCAGCUCAGUGCAGAAGUGUGGACGCAGGUUGCUUCAGAGCCUCCCCACCAUGUCCUCUAAGAAACUGGUGAACUCGGUGGCAGGCUGUGCUGAUGAUGCCCUGGCUGGCCUAGUGGCAUGCAACCCCAACUUGCAGCUCCUGCAGGGCCACCGUGUUGCCCUCCGUUCUGACCUGGACAGCCUCAAGGGCCGAGUGGCACUGCUGUCAGGUGGGGGCUCUGGCCACGAGCCUGCCCAUGCUGGUUUCAUUGGGAAGGGGAUGCUGACGGGAGUCAUCGCAGGAGCCGUGUUCGCUUCCCCAGCCGUGGGCAGCAUCCUGGCGGCCAUCAGGGCUGUGGCCCAGGCGGGCACAGCGGGGACCCUCCUCAUCGUGAAGAACUACACUGGGGAUCGGCUCAACUUUGGCCUGGCCCGGGAACGCGCCCGAGCAGAAGGCAUCCCUGUGGAAAUGGUGGUCAUCGGGGAUGACAGUGCCUUCACUGUCCUGAAGAAGGCAGGCCGGAGAGGCCUCUGUGGCACAGUGCUUAUCCACAAGGUGGCAGGUGCCCUGGCUGAGGCAGGUGUGGGGCUGGAGGAGAUUGCAAAGCGGGUGAGCGAGGUCACCAAAAGCAUGGGUACCUUGGGGGUGAGUCUGUCCUCCUGCAGUGUCCCUGGCUCUAAACCCACCUUCGAGCUUGCGGCCGAUGAGUUGGAGCUGGGCCUAGGGAUCCAUGGGGAAGCUGGCGUGCGCCGGGUAAAGAUGGCAACUGCCGAUGAGAUUGUCACACUCAUGCUCGACCACAUGACGAAUGCCUCCAAUGUGUCCCAUGUAUCUGUGCAGCCAGGCUCCUCUGUGGUUCUGAUGGUCAACAACCUGGGUGGUCUCUCGUUCCUGGAACUGGGCAUCAUGGCUGAUGCUGUCGUCCGUUCUCUGGAGGGCCGUGGGGUGAAGAUCACCCGCGCCCUGGUGGGCACCUUCAUGUCAGCACUGGAGAUGCCUGGCAUUUCCCUCACCCUCCUGCUGGUGGAUGAGCCCCUCCUGAAACUGAUAGAUGCUGAAACCACUGCUGCAGCCUGGCCUAAUGUGGCCAAGAUGUCUGUGACUGAGCGGAAGCGGAGCCGGGCAGCCCCCAUGGAGCCCAAGGAGACCCAUGAUUCCGCCACUGCAGGAGGUGUAGCCUCUAAGCAGAUGGUACUUGUGCUGGAGCGGGUGUGCACCACCCUCCUGGGCCUGGAGGAACACCUGAAUGCCCUGGAUAGGGCUGCUGGUGAUGGGGACUGUGGCACCACCCACAGCGGUGCUGCUCGAGCCAUCCAGGGGUGGCUGAAGGAGGGCCCACCUCCUGCCAGUCCUGCACAGGUGCUCUCCAAAUUGUCCGUCCUGUUGCUGGAAAAGAUGGGAGGCUCCUCUGGGGCGCUCUAUGGCCUGUUUCUGACUGCGGCUGCCCAGCCUCUCAAGGCCAACACUGACCUCCCAGCCUGGUCUCUUGCCAUGGACGCCGGCCUAGAGGCCAUGCAGAAGUAUGGGAAGGCGGCGCCAGGGGACAGGACUAUGCUGGACUCUCUGUGGGCAGCAGGACAGGAGCUCCAAGCCUGGAAGAAGCCAGGGGCUGAUCUCUUACAAGUCCUGACCAAAGCUGUCAAGAGUGCUGAAGCUGCAGCCGAGGCCACCAAGAACAUGGAAGCUGGAGCCGGAAGAGCCAGUUAUAUCAGCUCUGCGCGGCUGGAUCAGCCAGACCCAGGAGCAGUGGCAGCUGCCGCCAUCCUCCGUGCCAUCCUGGAGGUCUUGCAGAACCAGGGUGUGUGACGGCCUCCCUCCGCCUCCGCUCCUGUCUCAUUGCUGUGCUGCAGUGCUCGACGUCACUUCUUUUUGCCUUCAGUGGUCACCUUCCCCCUUUCUGACCGCAGGGCCUGUCCUCUACCAGGUCUCUAAAAACUGCUCCACCGCAGACAGCUCCUGAGCUGGAGUGGGCCCCAGCCCUCCAGCAUUGCUCUUUCCCACCUCAGGGAGGGUGGAGCCCCGGGCUCUCCCCACUCAGCCGAGCUUCAGUGAUAAAGCAUCCCCUGAGCCACAGUAUGGCCUUUGGUUUUAAGAUUCCGAACCUCUCCCUGUAAAAGGCCUCUGCACCUGAAACCAAGUCAGUGUGGAAAAGAAAGCUAAUAAACCAUGGUGAAGCCAUAAAGCCA